ACCAUAUUUUCGCGAUAGUCCAUCACGAAUUGCAGGGCUGCCCAUUUGAAUUCGAGCCUAAAAUAAUCGUUCAAUUCCAAAAUUUGUAUAUUUUAUUGCAAAGUUUUAUUUAAACAAUUGCAGACCAAACUGUAUAGCCACAUAGGCACGUUUUAAUAUUAAGCAACUUCAAUGUGAGCGUUUUAAUUUCAUUUUAAAUACUUCCGAAAAUUAACAUUUUCGAAAAUGUUAAAGUUCAAAUUCUGUUAUUGUUAGCUGUUAUGCCUCCUACCCAUCCGUCAAGUUAAAGGAAACGAAAACAUGCCUUAAAAACGCGAAAACAUAAUUUGAACAAAUGAAAAUUAUGAAACUACGCAUCCUGAUACGUUUCACUUCCACCAGAAAUUGUAAUAAACAUGUUUAGAAAUCAGUUAACGGCGACAAGGAAAACCAUUCAGUUUUUACAGUAAUAUUUUGGUUGAAUCGCUAAACCAAAUCGGGGACUUCAUCUAAAAUGGCCCUCAAUUUGGGAGGCUGGAUACACAGUUUCACAGUGACCGACACGCAACAGCACAAAGGAGGCUACACUAUUUACAAGAUUACAUCGAUUGUCUUUCCCCGCUCGGUGCCGCAGGCAUUGACCUGCCUGGUUGUAUGGAAACGGUUUCAUGAGAUCAAGCGGCUGCACAGGGAGCUCAGUCGCCGGCACAAGAGCAUGCAGCUGCCGGGCAAGUUGCCGGAGCCAACCGACAGCAGUUAUUUUAAACGCUUCGAUGCGGAUGUGAUACAACGACGCAAGGACUAUAUACUAUUACUGCUGGAUUUUGCGGCACAGCAUCCGGCGCUGUACAAGUGCAACACUUUCACGCAGUUCUUUAGCGAAGCGCAAUCGCCAAAUGCAUCGCCGCUGCGCAAAUUGUAUGUGGAGCGCUCGCUCAAGUUGCCGGGCAGCGGGGCCAUAGCUGAAAUUCGCGAUAAACUCGAUUUGAACUACGAUCCGCAAGACACAUUGCCAAGCACAGAUAGCGACGCCAAUCAGCACCCGCAGCAUGAUACGAGCAUUGAGGCUAAGGAGAAACAGUCUAAGCGCGACUACACACGCCUACUCACGCCCAUGGCCUCCGUGGAGAGCGAGGAUAGCGAUUACAUCUAUGAGGCCGCCUUGGAGUUCAGUCAUGCCGUGCAGUCGGAAGUCAAUCUGGAGUAUGAAGACGCCCAUAAGCGUUACAAGCGGGGCGUGGAGCUGUUGCUCGUGGGCGCCAAGCAUGAUGCCAACGAGGAUCGCAAGUUUAUAGCCAAGGCCAAGAUAGCCAAGUAUUUGGCGCGUGCCGAUGAUAUCUAUGCUAACUUCUUGAGCUCCGACGCCGUCUGUAACAGACAUGGUAAAAGAAAACUGCAAUUUCAGCUCUCGCUGGACGAGGCGGACAACGUAUCGCAGCUGGAAUGUCCCUGGAAUCAGUUGGCCAAGUACAAGGUGCUGCAAGUGCUGGGUGAACGUGUCAUGCAGGUGCAGUGCAUCACACAGCCGCUGUCGCAGCCCGCGGUUGUCAUGAAGGGCAUCGAGAAGCCGGCGAGCAAUUCGCCAACGCAAAGCAUCUUUUUGCCACAACGUGUACCUUAUAUGUGCCAACUGCUGGCCUACUUUCAGUCGGACCAGAAGAUUUUCCUGUUGCUCAAGCAGGCGGAGGGCGGCCGCCUCUUUGACUAUAUACAAAGCUACACGCCCACCGCCAGCAAGUGCGGCGACUACGCCGAUCUAUUCCCAGCAGAGCAGCCUCUCACGACGGACAGCGAUGUCACCGACUUGCUGCGCAAUUCACAGCAGCUGCUCAGGUCCGUCUCGCAUACGCUGAGCACCUUGCAGGCGGGCACGCUCACACCCCGGCGACUGAAGACCGGAGCCAAACGUCUGCCCGAGGUCUGCCUGCGUCAAUGGGCCUGCGAGCUGGCCGUGGCUGUGCACAGUUUGCACGGCAAGGGUGUUAUAUUGCGCGAUCUGCACAUGGAAAACAUUUUGUUGGGGAAGUCGGGUCAAUUAAUGCUUACGUAUUUCUAUCAGAACGAGGGCCUCAGCUCCGAUGACAACUACGUGCACAAGGCGCUAAGUUUGGUAGCGCUCAACGAUCAUUUUGUGGCGCCGGAACGACCUCUAACAUUUCGCUCAGAUUGGUGGAGCUAUGGCAUGGUGCUCUACCAGCUGCUCCUGGGUGUGUCCUACAAAUCGAUGCAUCCCGGCCAGCUGGAGCUUUAUGGCUGUGUGCAAUAUCCUUCGGAUGCGUUGGACAUUUCGGACAAUGCUCGGGAUUUGCUGGAGCAACUGCUUCAACUGUCCCCGGAGCUGCGCUUGGACUACGAGCAGCUGCAGGCGCAUCCGUUUUUCGAUGGCAUCGAUUGGCAGAAAGUUCGGGAACAAGGUAAAACUUAAUCCUAGAUUAAAUUUUGUCAAAGUGUCGAAUUUGCAAUUUACCAAUUUUCUAUAAUUUAUUACUUCAAGUGUGCUUUAAUAAUUAUGUUAACAGUCUGAUAUGAAAUGUGGAACACAAAAGAACGUACGUUCCACAUAAUUAUCCAAAAAGAAGAGUCUCAAAAUAUUUGUUUUUUUUUUUGUUUAUUUUUUUCUGUUGAUUGUUUCGUUUUCACUUGUUUGGUACAAAAUAUGUUGCUUUAUUCUUUAAUAUAAAUGUAUUAUUAUUAACUCUAUGUAUAUAUACAUUGCAAAUUGUAAUUGUAUUUAGAUUCUAGGCAAACGAGCUAAACUUAUAUAUAUGAAAACUUGAAGCAGCUACUCGAAGCUCUAAAUUACAAAAGUAUGCAUAAGUAUUAACAUUAUACAAACAUACAAACACUUUAUUGUCUAACUACACAA